UUUCAAAAUGGCUGCGCCCUUGAGGCGUGUAUUUGCCAAACAUGCCGCUGAUUUUCGUGAUUUUAUGUGUGACAUGCCCUUGUCAUCUGUGUUACCUUUUUGUAGUCGAUGCUCUGAAAGGAUGUACUCAUCAAUAAUUCUGAAAAGAUGUGGUGUUCCCAAUAUGAGUACACUUACUGGACGUUCGAACUUCAAACUCGUCACAAACUGUCGAAAUGCGAGUUUAUUUCACGUUGACCGUGGUCCCUACUCACACGCAAAACAAAAGUAUGGAAAUAAACAGAACAAUGUCUCGGUCUCCAACAAUAUCAUGCAGGCAGCUAAUGUCAGUGUUCAGAGAAACUUUGCAUCACUUAUAUGUCGGAGAAAUGAGACAACUGUGUCUGUGAUAUCGACCAUUCUUCACAAACAGUCCGGCACCGAUUGUAGAAGAUUAAAAGUUGAUGUUUUAUGUAAAAACAUAAACAGUGGUGCUGGGAAACAACUGAAAGAAGCAACAACCUCGUCCCCGAAGGAGAACAUUUACACAAUUCCAAACUUGCUGACAGUGGGACGUAUGUUAUCGGCGCCAUUUCUUGGAUACAUGGUGAUGAGUGAGAACUUUGAGUGGGCACUAGGACUCUUUGCCUUUGCUGGUGUCAGUGAUUUGUUGGAUGGUUACAUUGCCAGAAACUUCAAGAAUCAAAACUCCAUCCUGGGUUCUGCCUUAGAUCCCAUGGCCGACAAAAUACUUGUCAGUGUCCUGGUUCUAACACUGACGUCGGUCAACCUUAUACCUUUGCCUCUAACAGCAUUAAUAGUAGGGCGGGACGUGGCUCUCAUUGCUGCAGCCUUCUACCUUAGAUACAUCACACUGCCUCCUCCGAAAACAUUAUCAAGAUAUUUUGAUGUGACACUAGUCUCAGCAAAGUUGGAACCAUUUUUGAUUAGCAAGUGGAACACAGCAUUUCAGCUCUCUCUCGUGGCCUUCACCCUGGCUGCGCCUGUCUUCAACUAUGUUGAUCAUCCCCUGCUGCAGGGACUAUGGUAUCUAACGGGGUCCACAACGUUCAUCUCGGGUGUGCUGUAUGUGGUCUACUGGAGAGACAGUGUCAAGAUACUGAAUCAGGGCAAGAAGUGAGGUGCAUCGUGGGUACAGUUGGUCAUGUGGUAUCCUGGAGAAUAUGGUGACGUGAACCAUACCGUUGUGUGAUUCUGAUAGCAUAGAGAUGACAUGGUGUCAUACUCACAACCGUGAGGACAUCCUGAUGACAUUUUAAGUCAAAGUCAUUUCGCAGAAACAGUGAUAUAGAUUUUUACUGAUGACAUGAUUUCAUACCUAUGAUAACCUAAUUAGCACCACACAACUAUUAAUGCUUAUAACUGCCCCCAUAUUCGUGACCAAUUCAUGUUAUUCCGAGACAAGCCGAAUAGCGACUCGUGGCUAUUUUUGUGACUGGGUUCCAUUUAAGUGCAAACGGGCAUAGUGAAGAGAAUUGUCAACUCAGUGCGUAAUGAUUCACAUAUAUUUUCCCUUGUCAUGUAUAUUCGAGAUGCUGUUGAAGACACAUCAAGAAUUACGGUAUUUAUACAGUAUGACUUAACACAUUUUACUGUAUCUCGGGUGCAUUUUAGAUGCAAGAGAGGUGUAAAAUCGUAAUUUAUAACAUUUCUAACAUUCGUCGAUAGGGGGGCGAGUCUUCUUGCAGGUUACGAGUAGUGACGAAUCUGCCCCCGACUAUUUUUAGAGUACAGCGCUAUGGGAGUGCAGAAUGUAAGAUUGUGCGAAUGGUAAUGAUAACACAAAAUCUACAUAAGUUUAUCUCCAAUUUAAGCAGCACAGUCCAAGAGAGGAUCCAGAUUAUCAUCCAUUUAGCUUCUGAUUUGGUUAAAAACUCAAGAGUGCCAAUAACAUUGAUUUCUGAAUGUGUCAUUGACGUACAUGGUUCUACAGUUCGUCUGAUGGCAUUAAGGCACCAUGUGGAUCGUGAUGCCAUGAUGGCGCCAUGUUCCAUGGUUCUUCAGUUCGUCUGAUGGCAUUAAGGCACCAUGUGGAUCGUGAUGCAUGGAUGGCGCCAUGUUCGAUGGUUCUACAGUUCGUCUGAUGGCAUUAAGACACCUUGUGGAUCGUGAUCCAUGGGUGGCGCCAUGUUCCAUGGUUCUACAGUUCGUCUGAUGGCAUUAAGACACCUUGUGGAUCGUGAUGCAUGGGUGGCGCCAUGUUCCAUGGUUCUACAGUUGGUCUGAUGGCAUUAAGGCAGCAUGUGGAUCUUGAUGCCAUGAUGGCGCCAUGUUCCAUGGUUCUACAGUUGGUCUGAUGGCAUUAAGGCAGCAUGUGGAUCGUGAUGCCAUGAUGGCGCCAUGUUCAUAACUGUAUUGUUUGUGGCAGUCAGGAUUGACAAGAUCAGCCAUAUUUGUUGAGGACAAUUACUCUGUUUACAUGGACAUGUUGACAGAUUAUCGAGAGGUGUGCGUGCUUGUUGAUGGGAAGACUUGUAUACAAAAUUAUAAUGAAUGACAGGUAGCUAUUGUUUUAAUGAAGCUUUCAUUCUCAUUGCAGGUAGGAAAUAAAUAUUAUUUAUUAGAGAUGUGGAAUUUGACAGAUGUAUGUUUUUUUGAUACUCCACACAAGUUGUGUUUCAACACUGAGAACUAUUUUCUAAGAAGUGCUGCAUUAUACACUACAGCAGAAAAAUGUUCUUAUUGUUUUAAGACAAUUAUUAUGUUUAGAUUAUUGCAUUUAUGGGUUCCAUUUAUAUCCCAGCAAACCUUGUUUCUCUGUUUGGCUGCUCUUUGUGCAUCUUGCAUCUUGCAUCUUGCAUCGUGCAUCUUUUCAUACCAAAACUUAUUUUGUUUGCUUAAAGUUUUUAUGUUUCGAAAAUUGUCUUGCAGUUGUUUUUGUUAUGUUAGAAUUUUUUAAACACGUAUGUUCUUUUACCGGUGUAGCCUCAACACCGGUCUGACCUCCGUCCUGCCAACAAUAUUUUGGGUUUUCUGAAAAGAUAUUAAUGGAUAUUUGCCUAAUUUGUUUAUGAGGGCAUGGUGGAUCUUUAUUAGGUCGAGUUGUGUCCCUUACCCUCAAAGAAACCAACAGCUUGUGAGUAAAUCCUAAAUCAGAACCAAAUCUUCCUGCUGUUCCUGCUUGUGGGUUUCGUUGUGCAGAGUUAUUUCCCUUACUUGUGCCAGGAUCCAAAUAUUGUGUUGCUAAUAUUCCAGAUUUUACAGCACUAUAAAUGUCCCCUUGAGUUUUACUGAAUGGUAAAAGCCUACAACCUGCAUAACUUUAUGCUUUACUCAACAGUCCAACUGACUCUGCUUGAUGUCAUAUAAUUGACAUACUGUUCAACCAGGGGCGGUCGGGUAGCCAAGUGGUUAAAGCGUUCGCUUGUCAAACCGAAGACCCGGGUUCGAUUCCCAACAUGGGUACAAUGUGUGAAGCCCAUUUCUGGUGUCCCCCGCAGUGAUAUUGCUGGAAUAUUGCUAAAAGCAGCAUAAAACCAUACUGACUCACUGUUCAACCCUCUCAAACUGCUGUUAAGUAAUUUAGACAAUUAUUGGUGGAUUAACAUUGGCAAAAUUUAAUGCUAAGACAUGUCGUUACAUAUGCAAAGGUUACAUCUGGUUUCUGGUUUCCAAAUAAGAACAAAUCUAGAUGGUACCGUAUUACCGUAUUCGACGUAAUAAGCGCCCUGAUCUAUUAAGCGCCCAUGGUGAUAUUUGCUAACAUAUUGGCAAGUGAACAAUCCCAAUAAGCGCCCCUUUCAUUUCAUCAGUGUAUACAAAACUUACUUAUUCAAGUAUAAAAUGCACUCGUGAGUUCAUAAUGGGCAAUUAAAUUCUGGAUAAAUAUACAUGUAUCACAGAAACAUAGAUAUUUAAGUUAAUACAUGCAAGCAUUAUCAUUUAUAUCUAAAGUGGUAAAAAAAUUAGAGCGUUCGUUUUCUGCGUUCGCCAAACCACAAACUUAACGAUCUUUCAAUUCUGUUUUUUUUUGUUCACCAAAAAUAUAUUUCAAUAACCCCCCCCUUUUUCUUAUUUUGAGAGUGCCCUGGGCACUUAUUACGUCAAAUACGGUAAGUCGAUUUUUCUAGCAAGCCAAAAUGUUAAGGUGAAAGGUCAAAUCACAAUUUCUGCAUAAACUGCUUUUAGAGAGUUUAGGAAUUGUCAAGCAUAGUUAAAUCUGUCCAUUUCAUGUGGGUCCGAGGAGACAUGAUGGCUUCCCACAAAAGGAGCACAAAUCUGACAUUUAUAUUUUGUAUGUCUUUUUUUGUAAGAUGAAGACUGAAGCUGUAUGAUGAUAUUAGCAUCAUACUGUUGUUGCAGUAGUUAAUCGGAGUGGUGUGAUUGCGAUAGUUGCAUAUUAUGUUAUGAACAUGCUUCUCAAAGCUGAGGUAUUCUGUGACUAUAAAAUAUUCUUAUUCUGCAAUGGUGCUUCAUAAUGGUGAUCCUAUUAAAAUAACAAUCAAACACAA